CAGGUCCUUUUAUAACUUUAGGAUACUGAUACUCGCUCGCGUACGAGCGCACGCAUGCGCACGAACGCGCGCACGCUUCCACCAGACCGUCCAUUUCUUCCGAAUCGCAACUUUGAUACCCCCAGAAGCUACGCAUAACGUGCAGCGGGCGAGCGCAGCAGAUAUCGUGAAUCCGGUUCCGGCGUACCGACGACAGCGAUGCCUGUGCCCACAGACUGAUCACAGGGCUUUUACCCGAACAGCACUGAAUGGUCGUAGCUGAGAGACGGGUGCGGAGCGAGGAUACCCUAACCCCGAGGAUUUCUCACGGCUCGCGGACUCGAACGCGCGUCUGUAUGUAUCCUCAUAAACGGAUGACAACCUCCAAACAAACCUCUACUGAAAACUUUCAGCUGUGCGUUUGACGCGGGGGGAUAUUGAGAUUUUUUUUUCCCAACCAGGUCCAAGAACAGACAUCAUGCAGGUGCAAACUGUGCGCUAACGCUUCUGACAUGACUCGCUCGGCGCUGACGCGUCGCAUUGUGCCAUGCCAACCCCGCAUUGUCAGAUGCCAUUUUACCCUGCGCUACCCCGGUGUCUGGAAUUCCAACAUAGCGGGCCUGUUGUGUAAUUAGAAGUUCGCGAGGCUGUGGCAAACACGCUGGUGCAAUGAGAAGCGACGCCGUCCAGGGCAUUGUGCGCAAUUUGCGCUGAAGCCUAUGGGUCCUGCGUACUCAAGCUCCCGGCUUCCACUUGGAGAGGUGCGCUGCGGGGCUACGGCGCACUGGCUGUCGGCUUCACAUCUGGACCGCCUGGCGACUGAAAAAAAUCAUCCGCGGCCUUUUCGGACUGUGUAAACCCCGAACUUCCCUUCGAAUGGUGUCGUGUUAGGAAGAAGGGGGGAAUAUUUGGCCUGCACUUGACGUUAUCGGUGAUCCACUGGAACACCGUAGACCAAAGCUGGACUGGCUGACUACUCAAGGAAAAAAUGCUCAUCCAGCUAUGGAUUUUGCGUAGUGAAGUCACGCAUUUUUAAAGGCAUCGCUAGGGUGACAUUGCAGUCUUCUCACCACAUCGGUUAUUUCGUCGUCCGACAAAAAAAGAAAACAGUGAAAGUGGAGUAUUGCCCGUCGUACGUAUCAACGCAGUGGGAUUUCUACGUCUGGUCGGCGUCCCCCCCACCCUUCCCGCGGUGACGGUUAUGGGUCGGAAGCGGUGUGUCGGUGCAGAUUGUUCCAAGAUGGCGGCCGGGUGCUGCGGGGUGAAGAAGCAGAAACUGUCGGGAUCGCCCGGGUCGGGUGGUCCCUGCGGGGUGGGGGCGGGAAGCGGGGUGGCAGGAACCGGACAUUGUGGCUCGGAGUUGGGGAUUGGCUCCUCCGCGACCGUUGCAGCCGCAGCGAACGUGAGCAGAGCCAACGGCCUGGGGGGACCCGGGGGUAACGUUAGCGGCAGCAGUAGUAGUAGUGGUAGCAGCGGCACAAACGCUCUGUCCCCAGCCUCGGCCGGUUACACUUCAUCCGGCCUUUCCCCGAAUCUCAGUCCGGGACCCGGUUCGGGAAGUGGAGGCAGAAAAAUGGUCGUGUCAGCGGAGAUGUGCUGCUUCUGCUUUGACGUGCUUUAUUGCCAUCUGUACGGAUACCAACCUCCGAGAACACCCAGGUUUACAAAUGAUCCCUAUCCACUGUUUGUCACAUGGAAAAUAGGCAGAGACAAGCGGUUGAGGGGUUGUAUAGGUACAUUUUCUGCCAUGAAUCUGCACUCAGGACUCAGGGAGUACACCCUUACCAGUGCCCUUAAAGACAGCCGCUUCCCCCCUAUGACAAGGGAUGAGCUGCCUCGCCUCUUCUGCUCAGUGUCUCUUCUCACCAACUUUGAAGAUGUCGGUGAUUACCUUGACUGGGAGGUGGGUGUUCAUGGUAUUAGGAUAGAGUUUUUCAAUGAAAAAGGAUCAAAGCGCACAGCCACCUACCUACCGGAGGUUGCAAAGGAGCAAGGUUGGGACCACAUUCAAACCAUAGAUUCCUUACUACGAAAGGGAGGCUACAAAGCUCCCAUCACAAAUGACUUCAGGAAGACCAUUAAGUUAACCAGGUACCGUAGCGAGAAGAUGACCAUGGGUUAUGCAGAGUACAUCGCUCACCGCCAGCACCAUCACUACCAGAAUGGCAUUGGGCACCCUCUACCACCCUACAACCAUUAUUCCUGACAGCGAGCCGCAUGACCAAUCAUUGGACCUCUCGGCGGACCUUUUCCCAGGAGAGCCCGCUCCCUCCUGGUCUAGCUAUUUCUACUACUGUACAAUUUUAUGAUGAUAGUUUCCGUUGCCAUGCUGGCCGUCUCCCAGACGUUGACAUGGCAACGGGUGGCAACGAAGCAUCAUUCGAUUAUGGCAAGAAAUCCACGUUUCCUUUUCUUUGCCUGUGGUUAAGUUUUUGCAGCAUAUGUAUACCUAUAUCUAUAACCCCCUUCAAUUAUAUUUUUGAAAAUUAACAAAUAUAGAUUUUAUUAAUCACAAUAUCUUUUCAGCGAACCUAAUCAGGUGUGAUUCUGUGGAUGGAAGGAAGUCUCUUACAGUGGAUUAGUCUUGCGCUUCUAUUGUUUAGGCUUUGCUACAAUUUUACACUUACUAAGCAAAUUCUUACUUUUUCCUUCUUUUCUUUAUCUUAAUAUCCAAACAUAUAUAUAUACCAUGUAGCAAGGCAACUGCAGUUCUCAAAGGCUGUGUCGUCUCUAUUCUGACUCCUCUCAAAAUAACAAGAAUGGCUGUUGAGGUUGUUUGAGCCUUGUAGAGUCUUGUAGUGUUGUAGUUGGAAAUAUUUAUUGGGAUUGUAUUCUCCAAAGUAUAGAUAGUAGGAUUGUGAUGCUCUAUGGCCAGCAUUCGCUGGUGGUCUUUAUGGUUUGAUUUCACAAUCACGUGUGCUUGUAUUUGUAUGUGGAUAUAAACACUGGUCAGCCGGAGUAAAUCAAAAAUUGGGAUUUACAAGGACUCCCUGCAGCAAAUCUCCUCUUGAAUAUUUGUGGUGUUUUGUGGUGGAAGUAUUGAACCUUGAACUGCAUUUGUUUGGCUGGAGCUAGCGGCUCUGUUCCCUCUUUAUUUUAUUUUAUGUUUUAACAUUUUCAACCAUUUAAGGUAAUUGCGGAAGAAGCCAUUUUGUCUGAAGAUAAGCAUGUCCGAACAGGUGAUUUUACUUUUUAUGUGAAAUGGAUCGUGUUUAUUGGAGAGGAGGGGGAACCCCAAAUCACAUGAACAAAGCUUUUAGUUAAAUGUACUGUCUGUUUACUGGCAGGGAGUCACUUAAUUGGGACAUGCUCUAACUAGGUAAAGCCAUAUUCUCUUUUUAUCCAACACUCUGUGGAGGUAGCCUGUUUGGCUUGAAGUGUUUGCAUUUUGUGCCGCUGAACUGGCUAGUCUUAAACGUCUGAAUGCAAAUCACGCUGGCCUGCCUCGAGCAAGGCCGCGUCACCGAAUAUCGGCGUUUUCAGUCCUUUCUUGGAUGUCUUGUAUUGCCCGUGUCAUUGUGGAAACAUUGUCUUGCCUUUUCAGAUUGUAGCUAACCAUUGUCACUCGUCCACCAAAUAUGAUGUACUAAAAUUGUCAUUUUAAAUGAUUAUGCGCCUCCUGAGGAAGGGAUGUAAGUAACAUGUUUGUGUCAUUUAGACGUGCAUGUCAUUUUGCUCUUUAGAGUCUGAACCAGUUGUGGUAAUGCAGCUGGCUAAUGUAGUUGUUGAAACCGCACUAAAACCGUUCCUUUCUUACUCUUACGAUUGAGAUCCUGUUGAUCUGUGCCUUCACAGCACAGGAAAUGUUUUGGUUUGUGGUCCGUUUAGUCAGCUUUUUGACAGUAGGUUGGCACAAACACCCUUGAAUUAGUUAGAGCAGAAUGUCUGCAUGGGUGCUCGGCAGCUCACUGCUGACUUCAAAUCAAAACUAGGGCUUUGUAUGGACUUAAGAAGCCAUCUUCCACCCAGAUAUUAGCUGCGAGCCACAUCCACACCGGGCCGGUCAGUUGUUCUCUCCUGAAUGUUUGAGUUGUCGAUCUGCCAAUUUGGAUUCGGUUAUAGUUUUGCUAACUGGAUUUUUUGAGAGGUUCUUGUUACUUGACCAACAUCGUUCUUCGUAACAGCCUUUACUAACUGACAGGUUAUUUUAAUUUAUGCAAAAUGUCAAGGGCUUUUGGCACUCCAUCCACAGUAACCCGAAAUGACCCAGAUUUCAGUUGUGUUGCCUUAAAUGAACGAUUUGAUAAAUAAUGGCCCAGCAGGUGAUUCUGUGAGUGUUUCUCUUUCCCAUGGUUUACUCCUGUCCCAGCACCAUCUUAACAUCAAAGUGUAGGGCUGGGCUCCAUUGACAUUUUCCUCACAUGAAUAUCAUUGCAAGUUUGUUCUAAGCUAUACAGAGACUCUUCCUGCAGUCUCGAGUUUAAGCUUGUGUUGUCCAACUGUAAGUCGUCUCUGCUUUCAUCUUCAUAACCCACACUUUGUAAACACAUUUUCUUAUAUAGUGUUGGGCUCUGUGGUGUCAUCACCCUAAACGUUUAAACCAUGGGAACACAGUGUCAUUCCUCUAGGAAAAUGUAUGCUUUUCGUUAAAAAAAUGCACUACACACUACAUAGAGUUUUUAAAGAGGAACAGUCAUGCAUUCAUUUCCUGGUCCAUUUAAUACAGCACAACCUGAAUUUUUCUGCUGCAAAACCAAAUUGACCAUGCUCUUUUACAUGUCUUUGUAUUAACAUGCAAUGCAGUUUGUUGCAUGUAUGUCUGAGUAUGAGACCUAUGGUUUUAUCCAUGAUAUGCUUGAUCUAUGGCUUAGACACUCUUAUUAACCAUUAAGAGAUUUAAAAGACAAAUAUGGUGCUAUCGGACCUCAUAUUGGGGUGGUCACAAUUCGUGACUGGUCAUGCGGACUCAUUGAUCAUAUCAUACUUAAAAUGCUACAUGUAGGGUUUUCUCUUCUGCUACAUUGCUGUAAAAUGAGUAAUGGCGGCACAUUUAAAAACUGAAGGAUGACUAUUACUGAAACAACAGUAGCCCCAAGAAUCUCUGCUUUCAUUAUAGCAAGUAUAGCGAAGGUGAUUUUGGGAUCAGUUCCCUAUGGGAAAAACCUAAUCUUUCACAGAAAAAGAAGGAAAGGUCCCAGCAGCAACUUGUCAUUGGGGCUAUGGAAUGUACUGUUAAUGGCCGUCAUAACAAUUUAGCAGUAUUGGUAAGGGAAAAUCCUACAUGUUGGCUUUACUAUCCUUGAUAUAUGCAGAUCUGUUCAACAGGUGUUUUUUUGUUUUCCUACCAGUGCAAGUCAACACCCCUGCAGGUUUGAAAGGACAAGAAGUCACACAUUAACCUCCGUUCCCUCAAUCUACUCCUACACUGUGGCCCAACCUCAUGGCCUAGUUUGUUAAGGUGUGAUAUGUGUCGCUUGGUAGACGAUGGCAAUAGGAGUACUUGCAGUAGGGAUUGUUGCCUCUCCCGGAAGAUCGGAUGCUGCUGUUUUCAAAGCACAUCCUCCAUUUUCCUUCUAGCUGCUGAAUAGUUUGACCUCCUCCGUGAAGGCAGGGUUGGAUCUGUGGACUAGCGUAAGGCUUCGGCUGUGGAGGGCUUCACUGCCUCACUCAAACUAUGCUGAAAGUAAGCAUCUCCUGUGAUGGGACGCAGAGUUAAUGUUUUACGUAGAAUACGCAGAGUGUAGUCCUGCUUCUGUACUGAUGAAAUGUUUAAAGCAUUGAUACCUCAUGUGAAAUUAUGGAACAGCAUUAGUAGUUUGUUGUAGCAGAUUGUUGUUUGGUUCCAUACCAGGGUUAGAGUUCAGCCUCAGCAUUCCUUCCGUGGUCAUUCUCCUAUUUCGUGGAAUGCUCAAGCUCAUGUUACCUUCGUAUGUUUGACUGAACCAAAGAUGCCAGCGGCCAUGCCCAAAUGCUGCUCUUCAGGCCUGGCUUCCUGUCCUUCCAAAAAACACCCCUGCAAUUGACAAGUUUUUUUUUUUUCUUUUUUGUGCGAUUUCUCAACUGUCUAGACUUUUUAAGCAACCCAAUUUUUCAAUGAAUUUUCAUUGAGUCUAUCUCUGAAGCUGUACGAGGCUUCAAGGAUGGUAAAAAAAUGGUUGCAUAUUGUUGUUACUUGUUUUGUUUAUUAUUGUUAUUAUUAUUAUUAGAAUUAUUAUUGUUGCUAUAAUUUACAAAAAUGAAAAUCCCAUGGUGUGCCUCCUAGCUUUAUGGGUUUAUAAAAUUUCUUUUCCCUAAAGACCAGCAGUUAUACUUUGUAUAAAAGAUGGAUUUUCCUUAUUUUUUAUGCCAUUAAAGAUGAAAAAGCCUGUUUUCUUUACUCUGGACCCAGUAGCUGCACUGGUAUACAAUCGCACUGAUGAAAGAAUUAAAAAAAGAGAAUAAGUGAAUCAAUAAUAAUAAUAAUGACAAAUGAAAUAAGAACUACAAUAAAGUUGUGUUUGAAAUGUUUAUUAAAAAAGUAAAAAACAAAUAAAAAAAGAAAAUGACUGUUUUUGUACAUCAAAAUAAAUUCUUUUCAGAAGAAUAUUUUGGAUCUAGUUUCAAAAUUAUUUUAGUGGUUUUCUAUGUUCUGAAUUUUUGAGACACUGACUUCUAAGAUGUGUCACUGUACAAAGAGACAUUUCUGUUGCAGUGGCCUGAUGGGCUGGGAGGGUUACCUGGUGUAACUCCUCAUACCAACUUUUAUUUCUUUUCUCUUUAAUUUUUUUAUCUUUUGUUUUUCUCUGCUUUACUAAUUUAAAAAAUGUUGAUGGAAUAAUAUGAAGUGGGAACUUCAGAUUCACCCCCUGUAGAACUAGACCCCCUCCUCCUUUCCUAUUGAAUUGCUGUUAGUGUGACAAGACUUGAAACGGGCAUUUAUUACGAUAGUAUGACUCAAAUGGGGGGGACCCACAAAAAUAAAAGAACACAAAAACAUAGAAAAUAAUAAAAGAAUUUUGGAAAAAAAAAAACUGCAAACAAAAUGUGGGAAGGGUUGAAAAAAUAUAUAGAUGGGUUAUCUGAGUAUGUAAGCAAUGGCUGUGAUGAUAAUGUAGUUUUAAACAUUGUUAUUACCUUUUAAAUCAUUUAUUCAAUAAAAAAUACAAAAUCAA